AUGUUACAAUACCACUGCUAUAACCCCAUCUUACGAAACCGGUCUUGAACGCACUCGGCGCUGGUCACGAUCAACUAUUUUCCACUCUCCAUGGCCCAACUACAUCCUCCCUCCUCUCCGACGCUCACCAUCUAACAUCCACGCAAUUCGACGUCGCCCUACGCGUCACCGCCGCUGCCGCCAUUGCCCUAUCCCGCCUUUCCCUCUACCUCUUCCUAUUGCUCCCGAUCCCCGACACCGUCAAUCAGCCUAGACCUACGUAUAUAAGCUGCGCCGCCGGGUUGGCGGCCAUGUCCGGCCUCGUCUGAGGAGCCAGAUCUAACGCCACGUUCGCUGCAGCUCACACGAGAGACGAUUCCAUCGCAUCCUAUCGGUCCGGGGGACCGCUUGCACCUUAUGUCAUGACGCGAGAACUCUCUCGGCCGAUGGACAAUGGUCCUGGCCAUAACAGCCCCGAGCCGGACGUCUUGGCCUCGCUUUGGGAGCAGGCACCUUUCCCACGGUUGCCGGCCGAUGCGCCCUUGGAGAUGAAAGAGCUUGUCAUCGAUGUGGAAAACCCGAAGAGGGUGUAUGCCAUUCAUCGCGCUAGCCGCCGCCACAACUUCCAGCUCUUGGUCGAGAAAUUCAUCGUGCAACUUCGAUACGGGUGUCAUUUCAGCGCUUGCACGACCCCCUCAUGCAUGAGUUGCCGAACACGAUUGGCUGGCAAAGCCCCCGUACGCCGCUACAACUCUACCAGUGCAAGAACUCUAGCCGUGUUUUUAGCAAGCCAAGAUGACCCCGAGAGUCGACUAUGCCCUCACCUCCAGCCGCCAGCCGGCCCCAGCGGCGCCAUGAAAUCCCUGAUAUUUUGCCCGCGACAUGCCACGACGUCGAACGAGGCCGCGACAGCGCCUCACGCCGGGCCGGGAUCCAAGAUCAAAGGCAAAGGCACCAAGGGUUCCUUGGGUCAACCGCCGUUGAGAAAGGCACAGGCAGCAGCGCUCCCAACCCCUUCUCCAGCUGCAUCCGCGAUAGCCAGUCAGAACGGGAACGGGCAAAAACAAAAUAGGCAAUGGGAGGACGAGACCAAGAAGAGGGCGGCAUCGUCAUCACGUAAUGGAUCCAACCAAAUAAGGAUUGCCGAGCAAGCAGCCAACAAGGACUACCGCUCGUUUGCCGCCAACGUUUUCGGCACUGUUGCCUUCAAGAUGUUGGAGUGGUUAACACCGAACAAUGUUGCAGCUAUAUCAGAAAAGGUUGAAGCUGUCGAUGGCUCCACGGAAAUCGCCGAGGAAUUCCGACCAAGCCAACCACCGCGGGGGCAGAGCAGGAAGGUCAUCUCACUGUCUACGCCAUCAUUGUCUGAGUCAGAGAAGCAAUCUGAUUUCUGGGCUCCCCCCGACCUUCAUCAAUACAGUACGCAGAGACCCUCUCCGGAGAGCGGGGCCAAUGGGUUCUAUCAACGAGUAGAUCACGAACCACGCCCGUCGUCUAAUUCGAGCCUUCCGAGUUUGCCUUCGCACCAGAGGAGAAAUCCCAGUGCCCGGAUUCGCACGUCGUCGGUCUCAAAAUCGCAAUCCAAGGUCAUCUCUGACUCCCUGAUUGACUCCAUCGCAGAUGAGACGGGGCUCAUAUCACCCACUAUUCAUACAAAUCAGCCAGAAAAGCUCCCCAAAGGUCUUGUUCGGCCUCCGUCGACUAUGGUGCGGACUGCAUCCCAGUCAUCAACGGAUGACGUUAUUCGAACAGUGCUGAGCAAAAAAGACUCCGGCUCCGCAAAGGCUCACGAUCGCUCGGAAGAGCAUUAUCUUCCGAUGGAUACCCUCGAUAGCGAAGAGGCUUCCAGGAGUACCGAGACCACGCGGUCUCUGGACACGCCAGAUGACAGUCAAGAUAGCCUGGCCGCCAGCGAUCACGUAGAGUCGACAUCUGAACUAGAUAACUAUCUACCCCAAUCGCUUUCUCGGUUGAGUCUUCAAGCUGUCAACUUUAUAUGCGAUAUCCUACAAGAGGACGCUACCGCCGAGAAACAUUUACUAGAGCCGCCAGUCAUCAAUGGAUCUACAAGGCGCUCCUUAAGCCGACGGAAGACGUGGCGGAGAAAAAGGAAAUCACAGGGCCCUUACCCACAGAACCUAAAGCUCCAAUGGAAGUUAUUCGCCGAGCAGAGUAUAUUCCAUGUACUGAGCGAUCCCCAAGCCAUAUUAGACUCGUUUACGAACCCGAACGGCAUGAUGGAUUCGCAGGCGCUAUGGUAUUGUAUGCUACGUCUGACAAGGGUAGCCCCGAGCCUCGUAUUUGACAGUCUCUGGAUGUCCCUGGCGAGUCUCUUCGCGCCGCCGAAGACUUUACAGUCCGGGAGGUCGCCAACCUCGAAGAUGUUCCCCGGGUCUCAAAAAUCUUUCACGAACGCAGAGGCCGCGUCCCUUAUGUCUGUAUGCUUCCACGCCCUGGUAGCGGCAGCUCCCUUAGUGACCGACUCGAGACAGCUCAAUGACAUGUCUCGCCUCAGAUCUCACGGAUUAUCACUCGCGGGCGGAGGCGCCAUCGCGGCGCAGCCAGUCUCCUUGUGCCUGCAAUAUGAGGAUGCUUUCACGGACGACAUGGCUCUCCGAUUAGUGCGAAGGUUACUAAGAGUGAUUCCAACGCGACGUUACUUCGACGAGUUAAUCGAGCUUGAUUUGGACUUGGAUGAUGGUGUCAAGGAGCUGGAUGUUGUAGAGACGUUAUUCUCUUACCUCGAGCCCUCCACGCAGCCGGUCCUCGGGUUUUCUAAAGCCGAACGAAGCAUUCACGAAGAACGAGUACCGAUUCUGUUACUCGACUGGGCGAGGGCAGUCAUGCUACACGAGUGGGAGGGGAAGCCUGAAGUUCCUGGAGAUGGCCCUUUUGGUGGUGCGCUUUCGCUGAUCGCGGCCAUGUACCAGAAACGUCAGUCUCUCCUUCUAGGCGAUGUCCAUUUCCGCUCUGAAUAUUUCGGCGAGCGGCUUGAUCCUAUCCAGAUGCCAGUGUCGUGGCUAUCAUUUACCUCAACGAGGCAAAAGGUCCAUCUUCUAGACUACCCGUAUAUUUUUAACCCCUCGUCAUUAGUGUCGUAUUUCCGGGCUAUCAACUUCUCCAGGAUGAGCCGUUCUUACGAGGAGUCUAGUUCUUUACAGAGCCGGAUUAAUGCCAUCAUCGCCCCCGAUAGUCUUGUUACAGAAGCACACCAGAAGAAUAUUCUCCAGGAUCUUCUGAAAGUUCCCUCGGCGAAAUAUUUGAUUCUGGAUAUAAGUCGGAAGAACGUUCUCAGAGACGCUUUUGACCAACUCUGGAGACGCGAAGAACGCGAGUUGAUGAGGCCGUUGAAGGUUCAUCUAGGAGAAGAUACCGGAGAAGAAGGCUUCGACUCUGGUGGCGUACAACAAGAAUUCUUCCGGCUCGCGAUCGCCGAGGCGCUGAACCCCGACUACGGUGCUUUCACAAUCGACGAAAGAACGCGGAUGACAUGGUUCCAACCGGGCUCCUUACAACCCGAGUGGAAGUUUGAGCUAGUCGGCCUUCUUAUAUCAUUAGCCGUCUACAACGGGCUUGCUCUACCGAUUACGUUCCCGAAUGCUCUGUAUCGGAAACUUCUAGGCGAGCCCGUUACCGAACUCCACCACAUCGCGGACGGCUGGCCGGAUCUCGCCAAUGGUCUUACCAACCUUCUGGAGUGGAACGAGAAGGACGGCUCAGUAGAAGAUGUCUUUGUUCUCACCUACGAGUUCUCUGCCUCUAUGUUUGGCCAGCCUAUCACUCGCGAGAUGCAGCCUUCGCAGGGAACAUCCUGGCCACAGUUCGCUGACCAACCCGACCCAACUCCGCCCUCGGCGUCUAAUCCAAGCGACGCACCGCUCGUCACGAGCGAUAACCGCAACGCGUAUGUUAGUGAUUAUAUUCGGUACCUGACUGACGUCUCUGUUGGUCCACAAUUCGCUGCGUUUGCACGCGGAUUCCGAAACUGCCUCCACCCGAAAUCGCUACAACUCUUGACUCCAUCCCUCCUCCAGUCCAUUGUCGAGGGCACGCAGGAGAUUGAUAUCGGCGAGCUCCGCCGCGCCACGCGAUAUGUGGGCUGGGACGCGUCUCACCGUACGGUGCGCGACUUCUGGUCUAUCGUCAAAAAGUACGACGAGCGCAUGCGUCGCAAGCUGCUCGAAUUCGUAACGGCUAGUGACCGUGUCCCCGUGGGCGGCAUGGCCAACAUCCAAUUCAUAGUACAAAAGAACGGCGAGGAGGACGGAGAAGGUGGCCAUUUGCCCACCGCGUAUACCUGUUAUGGGACCCUUUUGCUCCCCAUCUACCGCGACAAGGAAGUCUUAAGGGAGCGCCUCGCCAUGGCACUGGAGAACGCGCAAGGCUUCGGAUUUGCGUGAAGGUCUCAGAACCAGAGAAACUUUACAGAGACCUCCGCGAAUAGGGGAUACGUAACCGAUAAUUGCGCGGCGAGUAUCGAGCUGUCCCUGGUAAAGGUCAGGGGGGCCGAAGAGAGCAGAUAUAUGCACAGAUGUAUGCGCAGAUGUAAAACGUGGUCGAUAGCGUCGACAUUAGAAGGAGAAUAAAUGGGACGUGCGUGCCUAGAAGCAAGGCCCCCCAAAGGGAUUGGCCUCCAAAAGAGUAGGAUGAUGACUAUUACGAGGAAACCAAUAACAUGACGAUGAGCGUCUGGUGGGUGUGGAUGGGUCUAGGCCAGUUUUGGGGGGGGGAGGGGGGACAAUAGUACCGCACUGGCGAGUCUCUCGUUGUCGGACAUGGGGGCUAGUUGACCUCCUAGCCUUCUGAUCUGGGGCAUACGCACGCGAAUACGGAUGUGUAUAUAUAUUUACGUGUAGGGAAACCGGCGUGGACCGGGAUGAGGAAUCUCGGGGGCAUCUCCCGCCCUUCUUUCGUUUGCGGAGGGGGGAUAUCCGCUCUUCUCCAAGUCUUCCCGGGUCCCUGGGACGGAGUGCCUCCUCUCUGGCUGGCACGACUUCUCUAUCGUUUCAGCGCGCAGCACAAAAAAGCAAGGAGCGGUCCUUUUCAUCUCCCUUAGUUUCUUGUCUUGUCUUUUUGAUUCCGCGAGACUUCUCCGAGUAGAUAUCUACCCGACAAAGCCGAACCGC